AUGUCUGAUAUUAUAUCUCUUGAUAUUCAUCGAAUAUUCUUAGCUGAUGAUAAAUUCCGUUUUACUUAUCAAUGGUCGAAUUUUAAUCAAGAAAAAUUAUUGUCUUGGUCUCAGUGGCCUUUAACAAUGAAAUGUUUAAAUUUAGAUUUGAAUAAUUUCUUUAAAUAUAAAAGUCAAUCGUCAAAACUACAUUUCAAUUCUUUUCAAUGUUCUUCUGUUGAUAUUUUAAUUCAUUCAACUUCACGAGAGUUAUUUAUCAGAGAGCAAGAAGCUGUUUCAUAUUGGCUUGAUUUACAAAAUAAUGCGUCAAUUUAUGAAAAUUUUUUCGAUAAAAACAAUACUUCAAUAAAAGCAAGACGUCUGGUUCCAUUUGAACUAGCAAAAAAUAGUCAAGUAUGUUCAAAAAAGUUUCAAAAUUGGAUUUUAAAUUAUCAAAAAUGGCAUGAAAAUAUUAGUUUUAUUAUUAGUAAUCGAUCAAUGACAUUUGAAGAACAAUCUCAACGUAUAACUGAACUUAAUAUUCGUUUUUUAAUCUAUGAAAAAGAGAUAUCAGGUAUUGCUGAUAGAAUAAUUCAUUUUAUUUCAAGUUAUUUAGUAGCUUUAUUAACAAAUCGAUUAUUUAUAUUUGAUACGAAUUGGCCGGAAUUUAUACAUACUAUGCAAUCAAGUUUAAAUUAUCAACCAGAAUUUGUUAUUCCUUGGUUUUCUCAGUUUGAUAUAAUUAAGAACAACUUAUCUUUAAAUAUUCAACAUACUUUAACAAUAAAAAAUUAUUGGUUUUCUCUUGAACGAUAUACUAAAGAUUAUGAUUAUGAAAAAAAUUUUCCUGAACGUAUUCUUAUAUUUAAAGGUCAUACAGGUAAUGUUAUACAUACAAUAAAAUCAAAUUCAAGUAUUUAUAAAAAAUUUUUAACUAUUGAUCUUGAAAUGAAUCCAGAAAAUAUUUUUGGAUGCCUUUUUCAUUCACUUUUUACUUAUCGUUUGUCUGCAUUGAUUAAAAGAGUUCCACUAUUUUCAUUAAAUAAUCAAUUAGGUCAUUCACCUCAACAAAUUUUACAAACACUGUUAUCACCGAAAUUUUUCCCAAUUGGAAUUCAAAUUCGUGUUGGAGAUGAAACGAUGACUGGAAUAGAUCUUUCUUCCGAUGAACAAGCAAUUCUUAAGAAAUUUAAAAACUUUUUUACAUGCUCUCAACAAAUAAUUAAUGCAACUGAUACAUUCUUUCGUGAAACAAAUCAAAUUCCAAUUAUUUUUCUUUUAUCGGAUGAUGUACGAAUACGGCAAGCUGCUUUAAAAAAUUGGCAAUUCUCAUUAGAAUGUUUUCAAUCAUCUGAAAAUAAAUGUCAAUCCAAUAAUAGUAGCUUAAAUAUUUUAGCAAAUUCCAAUCCAGUUUUUCAUAUAUCAUAUGCACAUAAUCGAAUGUUAGCCUUUGAAUUAGGAAUAUUUGAUAAUUUUCUUUUUAGUUUAUGUGAACAACAUAUAUUUAGUUCAGCCAGUGGAUUUGGUCGGUUUGCAGCUUUUGCAUCUUUAAAACUACGAAAUAUUUAUUCAAUGUCUCUUAAUGGACAACCUUCUUGUCAGAACCAAAGUUUGUCACUUACCGAAGCAGGCUAUUAUUGGUCGGGAAUUUAA